AUGAGGACCUCGGAACCUCGUUUUCCUCCGAGACAGUCUGCCCGGGCAUUUGUUGCCCCAUGGAGCAUUCCCUACACAACUGCCGCCUCCGAGUUUUUAUACGGCUAUUCCGUCGUCCUUGCUGCUAUCAAGGCUAAUCACAGGAAGUUGUACAAUCUAUAUAUUCACCCUCGGGCGGAGCGUAACGAAGGCUACGCAGUUCUGGAGCGGGUUGCCAAAAAUGCUCGAAUCAAUCUCAAGCACGUGGAUGAUUCAUGGCUUCCUCUCAUGGAUAAGAUGAGUAGCGGGAGACCUCAUAAUGGCUGCAUCGUUGAAACGUCACCCCUACCGCGCCCCCCCAUCGCCAGCCUCGGCGCCGCCUCCAUGGAAUCCAACAGCUUUCAAGUAACCCUCUCCCACCAAAGCCGCGAAGACGCCGACAUCAACGGCUCCAAAGAGCACUACACCUACCCCUCCUCCUCCUGGCGCCACCCAUUCAUCCUCUACGCCGACGGCGUCACCGACGAAGGCAACCUCGGCGGCAUCAUCCGCUCCGCCUACUUCCUCGGUGUCGACGCUAUCGCCCUGCCCACCCGCACCUCGGCGCCAAUCACCCACAUCGCCCUGAAAGCGUCCGCCGGCGCCGCCGAGGCCAUCCCCAUUUUUGCCGUCGCGGACCCGACGGGCUUCUUGAGGGACUCCAGUGACGCGGGCUGGUGCAUCUACGCCUCUGACGCGCCUACCCCCAUUCCUUCCGCGCCGGGCGGCUUUGGCACGCAGCUCGAUGCCACCCCUGCCGCUGAGAGGAAAGCCGCUCCUCGUCAUCCUACUAUCCUGAUGUUAGGGAGUGAGGGUAGCGGAAUCAAGUCGAGUCUAAUGGCGAAAGCACAUUUCAAGGUGGGGAUUAGGGGCGCGAGGGUGAGUGAUGAGGUGGGGGUCGAUAGUCUGAAUGUUAGUACGGCGGCGGCGAUGUUGUGUGGGGAGUUUAUGCGACGGCCGGUUGUAGAAAAGGGGGGUAAGGAAGGAUUUUUGUUUUAA